UGGUGAUGACGUUGACCCCUAUCUUCACCCUGUGUGGCUGGGCCGAGCAGUUCCUGCAGAGCCCUCAAGCUAUCCUUAUGCCUAUUUCGAAGUUGGCAACAACCUCGCUGUUGAGAAUGGCAUGUUGGGAACUAGGGGUGCUACCCUUCACAGGUGCUUUGGAAACCCAUUUUAUUGUCAGGUCCUGUGCCAGGACCUUCUCUCUAAGGACGUGUUGCUCUUUCAUGUCCUACAAAAGGAGGAAGAGGAAAACAGCAAGUGGGAAACCCUCUCAGCCAAUGCCAUAAAAUCCAUAAUGUAUAGUAUUUCUCCUGCCAACUCUGAGGAAGGCCAGGAACUUUAUGUCUGCGCAGUCAAGGAUGAUGUGAACUUGGAUACAGUACUUCUCCCACCCUUUUUGAAAGAAAUAGCAGUAAGCCAACUGGAUCAACUGAGCCCAGAGGAACAGUUGCUGGUCAAGUGUGCUGCAAUCAUUGGUCACUCCUUCCAUAUAGAUUUGCUGCAGCACCUCCUGCCUGGCUGGGAUAAAAAUAAGCUACUUCAGGUCUUGAGAGCUCUUGUGGAUAUACAUGUGCUCUGCUGGUCUGACAAGAGCCAAGAGCUUCCUGCUGAGCCCAUAUUAAUGCCUUCCUCUAUCAACAUCAUUGAUGGAACCAAAGAGAAGAAGACAAAGUUAGAUGGUGGGUCAGCCUCUCUUCUCAGGCUACAAGAAGAAUUAUCCCUACCACAAACUGAGGUGUUGGAAUUUGGAGUGCCUCUGCUACGGGCAGCUGCUUGGGAGCUCUGGCCCAAGGAACAACAGAUAUCUCUGCACCUCGAAUGUGCCUGCUUUCUCCAAGUUUUGGCCUGCCGCUGUGGGAGCUGCCAUGGAGGAGACUUUGUCCCCUUUCAUCAUUUUGCAGUUUGUUCUACUAAGAAUUCCAAGGGGACCUCUCGAUUCUGUACUUACAGAGAUACUGGCUCAGUGCUAACACAAGUGAUCACAGAAAAAUUGCAGCUGCCUUCUCCCCAAGAUAGUUUUCAGUUCCAGACAAAACCAUCCAGAACUCAGGAGGCCUUCUCAAGUGAAUGCUGCAGAACAGAGGAAGAGUUCCUAGAUCAAGUGAAGAGGAAGCUGGCUCAGACCAUCCCCGAGAAAGACCUGUUGACCACAAAGCCUUGUCACUGUAAGGAUAUCCUGAAGUUAGUGCUCUCACCCCUCACCUAGCAUUGCUUGGUCGUUGGAGAAACCACCUGUGCAUUUUAUUACCUGCUGGAGGCUGCAGCUGCCUGCUUGGACCUGUCAGAUAAUUAUAUGGUCUGUUUCAACAUGGGACAUAUCACUUUAGCCAAAAAAUUGGCUAGGAAAGCCCUUCAACUGCUGAAAAGGAAUUUCCCUUGGACCUGGUUUGGUGUCCUUUUCCAGACAUUCCUGGAAAAUAUUGGCAUUCCUGUACCCUGAGCCAACCUCCAAACGACCCUAGUGAGAAGUUGUCUCUACCUAUGUGGAGCUCUCUCAGUUCUCCCAGAGCGUGGGCAUCAAGGACAAGUGGCUGCACUGUGAGCAGAUGGCCAUUCAGAAAAGCAGUUUAUGUUGGUUCUCCAGCGGGGGGGUUGUUGGCCACAGCUCAGCUCAUGCAGGCCCUGGCCUACACCAAGCUCUGCCUUGGCCAUCUUGACUUCUCCAUCAAGCUGGAUUUGGUCUGUGUGUCCAUGUACUGGAGAGUCAGUGGGCGCUCAUUUCUCAGAGUUAUGAUGUCCUUGGCCUGGCCUGCUUUUACUCUGCUUGUUUAGAUCUGCUGCUCUAUGGAAAAGGAUUGCUGUGUCGGCCCUUUAGUGAGUGUCUGCGUUUCAUUCAAGUCUACGAGCACAGCCAUGUUCUAACCUCUCAGAGCAAUGUCAUGCUGGGGGUCCACUCCUCCCUGGCCAUGUGGUUUGCCCAGGAAUCACAGUGGGACCUGUUUGAGCACUAUUUCUCCAAGGCUUGCCAGUUGGUGAAAAGAACCAAUGCCUCGCUAUUUGGUGCACAUGGCUUUGUCCGAUUCCUAGAAUGCCAUAUGUUAAUGUUACAGAAAAUGCCAGAGGGUAUCUUCAUGCAUAUUCCUCUAGAGCUUCGCAGCCAAACCCUUGAGGCUUAUUUUGCCAUCAGUAACUCCUUCCUGUUCCCCCAGCCAUGAGUGAAUAUGCUGAAUGAGGACCUUUUACUUUAAGGAGUUCUUCUCUCAAUGUGUGACCUGCCCUGUCUAUCACCAGUGGGUAUCUGAGCUUAAGGCCUCUGUAAUGAGAUGUGAAAAGAGAGAAUUCAUGUCCCUGACUAACAGCAUCAGACCUUUUGACACCUACUUGACCAGGAUUUGGAUAAAAGGAGAAUUUCUGCAGGAAAAUAACUCUUAGAAAAGAAACUUAGGAAUACAGAGAUUUGACAGAGUGGCUGAUGUCAAGGAGAACAAGGAUGCAGAAGAAACUCAAGAUGUAUGUAUUGAAACAAAAGAAAAAUAACCUGAAGGGACCAUGAUUCUGUUAUUGUAUAUAACACAAGGAAAUGCCCCAGAUUCUCCUUUUAAAGAUAUAAUGUACAUAUUAAGUAUACUAGCCUUUAUAGUUACUGCUAUCUACAUGUUUAUCAAAAUAAAAGACUAUUUUUUU